UGGAACAGUUUAGAAUCUAAUAAGAAAUGAUUGAUUAUUCCUCCUAUCACUUUGUUACAUUCUUCAUGGAACCUGAUCGGGAAUUAUUCAGCAUGAUUCGAUCGUCCAGCAAAAUGCAUGUUAUCUAAUUCCAGAAAUUAGCUAUGUCGUUCCUCUGGUUUCUGAUCUUGGUAUACCCCAGUUCAAUCCAAGCUCAACAAUAUUAUGACAAGUCAGACUGUUUAGAAGGUACCAACAAUCCAGGUUCAAGAUAUAUUUGCAAUUCCAACCCAAAAUCAUGCUCUACGUUUCUAGUCUACAGAGCCAAUCAACAUUUCAAUACUAUCUCAAAUGUUUCUCGCUUGUUUCAAAGAGAUUCCGAAGAGCUGCUUCGCUUGAAUAAUCUUUCGUUUCCAUCAGAAAUACUCGAACAAGGCAGAGAAGUUCUAGUUCCUGUAACCUGCUCUUGUAUAGGUACUUUCUUUCAGGUAAGUAUCAGUUACAAGGUUCCUGACAAAACAACUCUAUCAGAAAUUGCUUGUUCUCUUUUUGAAGGUUUAGUUAAGUUGCAUACCCUUAUUGAGGAAAACCCAUCUGAAAACAAUGAUAUUAAGGUUGAUUCAGAACUUGAUAUUCCUUUGAGAUGUGCAUGUCCUGAUAAGUUGAGUACUAGAAGUGAAGUUCAGUACCUUGUCACAUAUCCUUUACUAGAAGGAGAUGCACUAAAUGUUCUCAGCCAGAAAUUUGGUAUAUCUACUAUAGAUUUAUGGGCAGCUAAUCACUUGGAACCUUUGCCUACAGUUUAUCCAAACACCACAAUUUUAGUUCCCUUGAAGAAGCCUCCUGUCAUCAAUUUCAAUAUCCCAAGUUCUCCACCUCCAAUUCCUGGUUUUCUUCCAACAAUUACAGUAGAAAAUACCACCAGUACAAAGUUGAUGACUUUGUAUGUUUCAGUUUCAGUUGUUGGGUUUUGUCUAAUAAUUAUAUCAUUGGUUGCUUGUGGGUGCUAUGCAAAGGUCUUCCGCAAAAGAAAAAUUGAUAAGUUACAAUCCUUCAAUACUAGAAGCUCUCCAAGCUCUCCUAGAUCAGGUCAAAUAGGAAGCUCUGGAACUUCUUGUAUAUCCCCUGAUCUUCUUGUUGGGAUUAAAUACUCCUUGAAAAAUUAUAGCAUAGAUGACCUCAGGAAAGCAACAGAAGAUUUCAGUAAAGAAAACAAGAUUGGGGAUCGAGCUUACAAGGGCUUGAUCAAUAAUGUUGAAAUGAUGGUGAAGCAAUUGAAGUUCGAAGAGACUCGCCAAAUUAUCGAUGUACAUUCGAAAAUAAAUCACAUCAAUAUUGUGAAGUUAAUUGGUGUGUGUUAUGGAGACAAUGAUUUCUCUUGGUCUUACCUUGUGUUUGAGUUACCCGUCAAUGGCAGCUUGAGAGAUUGCUUGUCUAAGUCAUCUAGUUCUCUUCGUUGGCAUAGGCGAACACAGAUAGCUUUCGACAUUGCUACAGGUCUUCACUACCUGCAUUAUUGCAUAUUUCCUUCUUAUGCACACAUGAGUGUCAACAGCAGAAAUAUUUUUGUAACAGCAAAUGGGAGGGCAAAGCUUGCAAAUAUAAAAUCUACUGCUGAAUCGACAACAGGAAAUCAGGACACACAGAAUGCUGAAGGAUGGACUGUGCCAGAGUCCAUCCUUUACGGCUCAGCUUCUGAUAAAGUAGACACUUUUGCAUUUGGGGUAGUUUUGCUUGAGCUUUUGUCAGGAAGAGAGGAUACUGAUGGAAAAUUAUCCAAAGAGUGCAUUGGAUUUUUAGGAGGUGAUGCCAGUGAAGGUGGCUGUUUCGAACAAUUGCAGAGCUUCAUUGAUCCAUGUCUGAAGGAGGAUUAUCCUCUUUCUGAAGCACUAUGUUUGUCUGUUUUAGCAAAGGCAUGUGUUGCAGAUGACCCUUUGCAUAGGCCAUCUAUGGACAACAUAUUAAAAGUCCUUGUCAGAUUGGUAUGAUUGACUGCAAAAGAAUUAGAAAAGAUAAUUAUCCAGUUCUUGUAAUUUUAAUUAUAAUUGUAUUUAAUACUAAUUCGUACAUCUAUGGCAUAUGUCUAGUUCAUGUGUA